AUGAAUACAGAACUGGACAAUUUCAAUGCUCUUCGUAAUGCUAAAUGUCGUCGUUGUCAUUUAUGUUUAUGGAGUAAUUAUGUCGGAUUUGGUUUUACUCUUGCACGUGCACUAGGACCACCAUAUAUUAUUGAAGAUGUUGAAUCGAAUAGUCCAGCAGCUGCUGGUGGUCUUAGAAUACGUGAUAUUGUCCGUGCUGUUAAUGAUAAAAACGCAUUUGAGCUUAGUUUUGAUGAACUUAAAAAAUAUUAUUCAAAACGCACGAGAUGCACACGGUCGUAUUGA